GUAUUAUGCACGAGUUGUAUCGUAUAGCACGAGUACUGUAUAUAUACUGGAUUUAUGAGAAACCGGGUACAUUGAAUUUAGUAUAUUUUAAUAUAAAUAAAUUAUUAGAAAAAUAAAUACAAAAUGGUUGAAGAACAACAAAAACGAGUCGAUGAAUAUACUAGAAGAAUAGUAGAAGAGAUUGAUAAAUCAAUGAGAAAAAUGAAGGGUGAUGCAUAUAGAUGUGCUGCAAGUUGUUGUGAUAAUGAGACUUAUAGUAUAAAAAAAAUUGAAAAUUGUGUAAAAAAUUGCAAUAAUUCUUUGGAUCAAGCUCAAGAAUAUGCUAGAGAAGAACUAGAAAGAGUUCAAAAUCGAUUACAAAGAUGUGUUAUGGAUUGUAAUGAUAGAAUAAAAGAUGCAGCAGGACCUAAUCCAUCACAGCGUGAUUUAGAGAAAUACAGUGAACAAUUUGACAAGUGUGUAACAAAAUGUGUAGAUCAUUAUUGUGAAAUAUUACCUAAUUUAGAAAAAACAAUGAAAAACGUUUUGUCUGAAAAAAAAUAUCAAUAGUAAUAUAAUAAUAAAUAAUAAAUAUAAAUAAAAUUAAUGAAUUGCAAUCUAGAGACAGUAAAAUUAUUCAAUACUAUACUAAACUGCCAAUAUUUUAUACAUAUAUAUAUAUAUAUAUAUAUAUAUAUAUAUAUAUAUAUAUAUUAUGUAAAAUCAUUUUACGUAUUGUUUUUUACUAUGUGUAACAUUUUACACAUUUUCUAUUAUUAAGAGAUUUAUAAUAAAAUAUUAACUUUUUGUAUUAUUUUAUUAUAAAUCUUUUAAAAUAUAGAUGAUAUUGUACAAAAACAAUUUUAAAAAUAUACAUUUUUAUUGCAUUUAAAUAUUUGUGUAAACAAUAUUUUGUAUACAAAAAGAAUGUAUACAAGAACAAAAAGACCAAUAAUUUCAUGAUUAUUGUAUUUAUUAAUUAAUACACUUGAUUGCAAUGGUACAUUUUUAUUUCUCUUUUUAUUUUUCUUUCUCUCAUUCUCUUUCACUCUCUCUCCCUCUCCCUCCCAUCCUUUCUAUUUUGUUUAACAUAAUAACAAAUUCACUGUUGCAAUUAAUAUCAUUUCUUUAUUGUUACAAUAGACAUUACGCUUAUUGCACACUUUUUCAUGAUAUAAAAUCUUUCCACCACUCUCGCUUGAUACAAAAUAAUCGUUCAAAAUAUGUUGCAUAAAUUUUGAUCUAAACUGUAGAAAUUUGCGAAUAAAUCGUUUAAAUAAUAAUAAUUUAAAUAUAAAUAUUAACACAACAUAUAAUUCACUUGUUUCUUUACGUGUACAAGUUUCUAUAAAACUAGCCCUAUUAGGCUUAGUAUCUUUUUCUUUCGUUUUCUCUUUCUGAAAGGAUCAUUGUAACGUUCAAUUCUUGUCAUAACUGCAUAAGAUUGGUGGCUCGGUGCACUUAUUGCGCAAUGUAAGUAUGAGCGAAGUGCCCUUUGCAGUGAACAGCCUUUUGCUGAUAUGCAAAUUCGAAAAAAUUCGACGAGAGUGAUUACAUUUCAAGUGACGAAAUAACUUCUCGCGUUUUAUUUUUUUCUUUUUUUUCUUUUUUUUUUUUUCCUUUUUUUUCAAUACGCGUCUCAAAUUCCUAAAUGCGACUCGUACAUGUGUUGAUUAUGACUCAAUAUCGUCAAAUGGAAUGGCAUGAGUUUUUGGAAAAAUGUCAAUUUCUCAGAUAUUUCUGAGGUAUAAGUGAAUGCUGUGGUAUUAUUUUGCACCUGGCGUCGCACGGAUUGAGAAAAAAAGUCUAUGUAACAUUUUGUAUCCCAAUCAGUCAGACUCUUCGGACUAGAUUUUUUUUUCUUUUAAUAAGAUUGAGAUUACGCGCUUUUUUAUUAAACGCUGUCACAUGUGAAUAACUGUAGGUACAUCUGGUAGAAAAAGAAUUGAAGGUACAAGGUGAAUGUAAGUUAUGGCGCUGUGGCAACAAAUUUGGCCAGUGCGUUUCGCCUUAUAAAAAUUUAAAUUCCAAUUAUCGCGCAUUAUUAUGUUUUCUUCUUUUUUUUUUUCUCGUAGAAACUGAAUUAAAUUCGAGGAUGGUACAAAACAAGACAAAUACCUACAUAUUCUGUUUUAGAUUUUGAGGUAAUCAGAUAUCACAAAAUACAAAGAACAGUAGUAAUUUUAUAGGAAGUUCCUGCGUUUUAACUGCAAAAUUUAAUAUUGGAUAACAUUUUCAAGUAAAAUUUACAACUUUCACGCAAUAAACUUGAUUUAUAUAAAUAAUAAUUCAUAGGGCAAAAUAGAAAUCAUGAUUUGAUUUAUCGUCAAUUAAUUUUAACUUCUAAUUAAGGAGCAAAAAUUUUUUAACAAUAUAGAUAUUUUUAAACAUUUAUCCUGAUAAAGCCGAAUGCGAAACAUAUAAGGGUACUGGUCAAGUUUGCCGGAACACCCAUUCGAAAAUUUCUAAAUAGAACUGCGAUUCUUGGUCCUAUCCUAAGCUAUCACCAAUUGUAAAUUAGUUUCUUCGAUCUUCAUUGCUUAAUUAAUAUCGUGUUUAAUUGUGCACCUGCAGAACGGAACAUUCCAAGUAUCCUAUCAGCAGGUUCACUGUACUAUAUGCCUAUGAUCGCGGAGCAAAACAGUCGCUUUCGUAGCUGUGCAACUAAUUUUUAUGAUCUUCAAAAUUUUUUGUAUGUCUCUUCAUUUUUUGAAAUAGAUCUUAUGUUUUCAGAAAAGUAUAGUUGUUAAUAAUUCUGCACUGAAUAUUAAAUAUAGGCAUUACGAAUUCGCUGCGUUGCUUACCGUUAUCAUCAUCGCAACUCGCCUAAUAUGGCUGACAUAAAGCUUGACCCCGUCGUUACGAAUUUUCCCUCUACUUACAUGGAUAUUCAAUUUGUACUUUGAAAUUGAGUCAACUAUUUGUUUCCUUCAUGAGCUUUGAUUGAAUCUAGUUUCCACAUAAUUACUAUGGAAUUUGAACCAAAAUUUGAUUAUUGUAAUUAGAAAGGAUGUACUCACGUAUUCUUUUAAAUGUCACACUGAUCAUUUUGAAUAUUGAAUAUUAUAUUUUUAUUUAAGAGACAGAAAAAGAUAUUUAUUAAUAAAUUUCACUAUAUGGUAACUAUUUCAAUUAAAGCACAGUUUAACCCGCUUAAACUGAAAUUCGAACGCCGUGGACAAGCCUUUUUUUCAAUUAAAUAAUAACUUUGUUAGCCAAUCUAGCUAAUCUGUGUUUAAAAAAGAAACAUCAAACAACUAGGAAGAAAGACUAUUGAUUUUAAAGAAGAGAGUGCGUACUUUUAGAUAGAAUAGGUAAGUAUCUUCGAAGUCGUUGAAUACGUGAGAAUCUUCGAUAUAUUUUAUAAUUUUAAUUUUGUCGUUUGGCACUCGAGCCUCAAAUAUCAUCACUUAUACUUUUAAUCGCAAAACACGUCAAAAUUAUGUUGAUUCUAACAAUGUUAAAACCUUUUCAAAGUUUUUAUCACUACCUUCACUAAAAUUUUUAUCAAAAAAGAAUAAUAAAAGUUUUCUACUACUAGUUGUUUGCUAAAUUCGAAGUACAAAGCGCAACAAUUAGCCUCAUAACUAUGAAUGACUCUCACGCAUUCCUCGGGCUCCUAUCACGUACAUAUUUUUUUUUUCCUUUUUCUUUUUCUAAACGUUAGGGCUACUCAAGAUGAUUUUUUAAAUGUUGGAGCAUUAAAGACUCCAAAGGAAAAAAAUAUCGAAAAAAAUAUAUAGUCAUGUAGAAAGUAACAAAAAUAACACGAGUAGCCC